AUGAGGGCCAAUCCUAGUAUUAUUCAAAUGUCUCUUUGGUGUGUAUACUUUAUAAGUCUGUUCAUCACUGGCAUACUCUCUCUAGACUGUAACUUCCUACAUGUUCACCUGAGGAGAAUGACCUGGCAAAAUAUGAGAGUUCUGAACAGUAUGAGCAAUUCAUUUCCUCUAGAAUGUCUUGGAGAAAUCAAAGCUUUUGAGCUGCCACAUGAAAUCUUUUCACAACCCCAGUCUACGAAAAGGGACAUCACAGAAACUAUCUACGAAAUGGUCAUACAGGCCUUCAACAUCUUCUAUCAGUAUACCUACAAAUCCUCUUUGGAAGAGAGAGACCUGGAUCAAAUUCAAAUUGGACUUAAUAGGAAAUUGCAGUACCUAGAAUACUGCAUGGAAGAAGAGAAAGAAAAUGAAAUCUUGAAAGAAAAGGAAGAUACAAUUAGACAACCAGGAGCUAUGGUCCUGCAUCCCAGCAACCUAGAACUGAGGAGAUACUUUAAGAAGUUAAACAAUUUCUUAAAAGAUAAGAAAUAUAGUCAUUGUGCCUGGGAGAUAGUUCUUGUGGAAAUGAGAAGAUGUUUCUACCACUUGCAGAAAUUCGCAACAUAUCUCAGGAGGAAAUAA